AUGCUAAAUCACAAUUUUUACAAUAAUGCAUUGGGUUUCUGUUACCUGGCUUGUGGGCAAUCUUUUGCUUGUUUCCUUGAGGGUUAUUGUUGGACAAGAACAGCAGAACGACAGGCUUCACGUCUAAGAACAAGUUAUUUAAAAGCAGUGCUUAGGCAAGAUGUGGGCUACUUUGAUUUGCAUGUGUCCUCUACAGCAGAUGUCAUAGCAAGCGUUUCCAGCGAUAGUCUUGUAAUUCAAGAUGUCAUUAGUGAAAAGGUUCCAGUUUUUUUGAUGAAUUCAUGGACUUUUGUGGGGGCCUAUAUAAUGGCAUUCUUAAUGGUAUGGAGGCUAGCGGUUGUGGGACUUCCAUUUGCGAUAUUACUUGUGAUACCAGGUUUGAUUUACGGAAAAUCUCUGAUGGGCAUUGCACAAAAGAUUAGGGAUGAGUACAGCAAGACAGAAACAAUUGUGGAGCAAGCUAUUUCUUCCAUUCGAACAGUUCACUCCUUUGUAGCGGAGAGCAAGACUCAAGCUGAGUACUCUGCUGCUCUUCAAGGGACUGUAAAAUUGGGAUUAAGGCAAGGUUUAGCCAAAGGUUUGGCUAUUGGUAGUAACAGCAUCGUCUUUGCAAUUUGGUCUUUCAUUUCUUAUUAUGGUAGUACAUUGGUCAUGUAUCACGGCGCUAAAGGAGGAACUGUCUUUGCAGUUGGUGCCACUAUUGCCAUUGGUGGAUUAGCGUUGGGUACUGGUUUGUCUACCCUUAGGUACUUCUCCGAAGCAAUUGCAGCUGGAGAACGCAUAAUGGAAGUCAUAUCAAGAGUGCCGAAAAUUGAUUCGGACAACAAGGAAGGCCAAACGUUACAAACUGUUAUGGGAGAAGUGGAAUUUAAACACAUUGAAUUUGCGUACCCAUCAAGGCCUGAAAGCAUUAUUUUCAAAGAUUUCAAUUUAAGAAUCCCAGCAGGAAAGACAAUGGCAUUGGUUGGAGGAAGUGGGUCUGGAAAGUCGACAGUGAUUGCUCUAUUACAGAGAUUUUAUGAUCCACUCAAUGGUGAAGUUCUUCUUGAUGGGGUUGCCAUUGACAAGUUGCAGUUGAAAUGGCUAAGAUCACAAAUGGGACUGGUCAGUCAGGAGCCAGCCCUAUUUGCUACCACAAUUAAAGAGAACAUACUUUUUGGUAAAGAGGAUGCAUCUUUUGAAGAGGUUAUUGAGGCUGCUAAAGCUUCUAAUGCUCAUAAUUUCAUUACUCAAUUGCCUGAAGGUUACGAUACUCAGGUCGGUGAGAGAGGAGUACAACUAUCUGGAGGUCAGAAGCAAAGAAUUGCUAUAGCAAGAGCCUUAAUCAAGGAACCGAGAGUUCUCCUACUUGAUGAGGCAACCAGUGCUCUAGACUCCGAAUCAGAGCGAGUUGUUCAGGAAGCACUUGACAAGGCUGUUGAAGGACACACCACCAUCAUCAUAGCACACCGUCUUUCCACCAUCCAAAAUGCUGACAUCAUUUCUGUUGUCCAAAACGGAGAGGUCAUGGAGAUUGGCUCACACGAUGAGCUUAUUGAAGAUAAAAAUAGCUUAUACAGUUCACUUGUCCGUCUACAGCAAACUGAGAAUAAAAAAGAAUCUGCAAAUGUUAAUAGCAUUGCUGCAUCAAUAUCCACUACAAACAAUAUUCAAAACUCAGAUAGUAAAAGACUAUCAAUUGUUGGUGAGGCCAGCACAAAUAACACAGUAGCGCCAAGCCAAGGAGCGAAGAUUGCCACAAUUUCCAGUAAUCAAGUUCUACCUGUGCCAUCAUUUAGAAGACUACUGGCUAUGAAUUUGCCUGAAUGGAGGGAAGCGAUAUUAGGAUGUAUAAGCGCAAUGCUAUUUGGUGCAAUUCAGCCAGUUUAUGCAUUUGCCAUGGGAUCACUAAUAUCUGUGUACUUUCAGACGGACCACAGCAUAAUUAAGAAAAAGACGGCAAUAUAUUCUUUGAGUUUUCUUGGGUUGGCAAUUUUCGCACUAUUGAUCAACAUUUUCCAGCAUUAUAAUUUUGCUGCCAUGGGGGAGUAUUUGACAAAAAGAAUCAGAGAGAGAAUGUUUUCAAAGAUACUCAGUUUUGAAAUUGGUUGGUUUGAUCAGGAUGAGAAUUCCACUGGAGCUAUUUGCUCUAGACUAGCCAAAGAUGCCAAUGUGGUCCGAUCCUUGGUGGGCGAUAGGAUGUCACUUCUUCUCCAAACUUUCGCAGCAGUGACCAUUGCUUGA